UGAGGGUGUUUGCAGCAUGCUGUCUCCUGUCUCAGAGGAACCGCUGCUGCUGGCUGAGCUCAAGCCCGGACGCCCCCACCAGUUUGAUUGGAAGUCGAGCUGUGAAACCUGGAGUGUCGCCUUCUCCCCAGACGGCUCCUGGUUUGCCUGGUCUCAAGGACACUGCAUCGUCAAGCUGAUCCCCUGGCCGCUGGAGGAGCAGUUCGUCCCUAAAGGGUUUGAAGCCAAAAACCGAAGCAGCAAAAAUGAUACAAAAGGGCGAGGCAGCCCAAAGGAGAAGACUUUGGACUGCGGUCAGAUUGUCUGGGGCUUGGCCUUCAGCCCCUGGCCCUCUCCGCCCAGCAGGAAGCUUUGGGCACGCCACCAUCCACAAGCACCAGACGCCUCCUGCCUGAUCCUCGCUACAGGACUCAAUGAUGGGCAGAUCAAGAUUUGGGAGGUGCAGACAGGACUCCUCCUCCUAAAUCUUUCCGGCCACCAAGAUGUCGUGAGAGAUCUGAGCUUCACACCCAGUGGCAGUUUGAUUUUGGUCUCUGCAUCUCGGGAUAAGACUCUUCGCAUCUGGGACCUGAACAAACAUGGUAAACAGAUUCAGGUGCUGUCAGGCCACCUGCAGUGGGUUUACUGUUGCUCCAUCUCCCCGGACUGCAGCAUGCUGUGUUCUGCAGCUGGAGAGAAGUCAGUCUUUCUGUGGAGCAUGCGGUCUUACACGUUAAUUCGGAAGCUAGAGGGCCACCAAAGCAGCGUUGUCUCUUGUGACUUCUCGCCUGACUCGGCCUUGCUUGUCACAGCUUCUUAUGAUACCAACGUGAUCAUGUGGGACCCCUACACCGGCGAGAGGCUGAGGUCACUCCACCACACCCAGCUGGACCCCCCCAUGGAUGACAGCGACGUCCACAUCAGCUCCCUGAGAUCCGUGUGCUUCUCUCCCGAAGGCUUGUACCUCGCCACCGUGGCCGAUGACAGACUCCUCAGGAUCUGGGCCCUGGAACUGAAAACUCCAAUUGCAUUUGCUCCUAUGACCAAUGGUCUUUGCUGCACAUUUUUUCCACAUGGUGGAGUUAUUGCCACAGGGACAAGGGACGGCCAUGUCCAGUUCUGGACAGCUCCUAGGGUCCUCUCAUCACUGAAGCACUUAUGCCGGAAAGCCCUUCGAAGUUUCCUAACAACCUACCAAGUGCUAGCACUGCCAAUCCCCAAGAAGAUGAAAGAGUUCCUCACAUACAGGACUUUUUAAACAAUGUGACCUAAGUCUUGUUUUUGUUUUGUGUUGGUAGCAGGAUUGAUCUUUGUGGCAAAGGAGUGUCUGAAAUGAUGGGCCAAACAUCUGGUUGGGUUGAAGGAUUUCUCUUUGGGAUUGUGAGUAGAAUGUAGCAAAACCAGAUCCCAGUGGCCUAGUCAUGGGCCUUUAUCUCCAUGAUGUGUGACAGUCAGUCAGAGGAGGGGAGGCCGACUCCAUAGCAGCAGCUCCUGACCCUAAAACUUCCAUCCACUUAUAAACAGCAAUGUUGAACUCUUUCUAGUCAUUUCGAUUCAACGUGCAGUUAUUUAUGUUUUGAUCAGUCACUGGGCCUCUGAGCCUCUGAGGUGGGAGCUCAGACUCGCCCCACUGGCAUGUCUGGCUCCCACUGUGUCCUCACGUUGUGGCUUUCAGGUGCAGUGGCAGCUGUCCGUUCUCAUCACAACCGCUCUCCUUCCUCUGGCCCUGCGUUAACCAGCAGGACCAAGGUUCCAUGGAGCAGUCUGGGGUGGUGUUACUUAGCCUAGCUGGCCUGCAGGUGACUCACAGGCUGGGCCCCUAACGGACAGACACUAUGAUUUGGCUUUCUUCUCCCCUAAACAGUGGCGUGCAUGUGCAGAUGACAAGUGUGUCAGGUUACACGAGGAUAUAUUCCUAAACUGCAUGACUGUUCAAUGGCUGAGUUGUCUGUUGUUUGCCAUUCGUUAGCAUAUUUAUUUGUAUUUUCUCAACAGAUGUUAAGGUACAACUGUGUUUUUCUUGAUGGUAUCUAAAAACCAUAGUACUUCGGUUGAACAGUUGUGAAGAUGUCUCUUAAUUGCGUAAAGAAUUGGUGUUGUCGUAACUUCA